AUGAAGUUUGAAGCAUUUGUGGUGGCAUUCUGUCUUGCAAUACAAGUGCAAGCUGCUCCCUUAGAAGCCAGAGGGUUCUCUAUUUGUUUACCUGGAUCUCUUGGUAAGAUUGUUAGUGGGUUUUCAAACACUUUCUCGAGUUUAUUUUCCAAAUGGUUCAGUAAGAGAAGUGAUGAAUUGGCUUAUUUCCAAGUACAAGAAUUGUUAGAUGAGUUGGAGAACACUGGUUUAUACGAAGGGUUUGUUACCCAUUACGUUGCUAAUCAUCCUGAUUUUGCUAAAGAAUUUGAAGGAUGUUUAAAAUCAUCCAUGCGAUCGGGUGAUAUUUCCUUAAAUGAUAUCUACUAUUCCAUGGAGAAACAAGGUUUGUUUGAACAUUUCUACGAGAAGCACAUGAAACACACUAAGCCUAAGUUGAUUAACCUCUUCAACAGUGAAGGCUUGAAGUACGAUGUAUAUGAAUCCAAAAAAACAGAAUCUCACCCUCAUGAUUCUUACUAUGAAAAUAAGAAGACCGAAGCAAUGAACACCUUAUCCAAGUUGAUGGAAUACGGAAUCGAUGCACCUUCGGAAAUGUUUGACUACAUUGUCCAACUGUUAUCUGAAGCACACUUAACUUCCCAUGUGACCAGAUCUCUUGUUGAAAGAGAUAACGGACAAGAAACUGUGGACUGGUUGAUUAAGUACAUGCAAACACAUUCUGCAGAUGAUGUGUUGAAGACUAUUAAGGAAGCCAACAUCUCUGAGAAGUUGGUUGAUUUGGCCAUGACCCACUCUGAAUACUGGUCUUGGGCUUUAGGUAGCUCUAAAAAGGUAAAAAGAGGUAUCAUUGGUUCGAUCUGGAACUUGGUAACUGGUGGUAGUAGUGGUGGUUCUUCUUCUUCUGUAAGCGGAUCAGCGGUUUCAUCUUCUACCAAGGCAAGCUCCUCUCCCGGUUACGGUACUGCAAGUGCAACAUCAUCCAUUUCUUUGAUGACUGGUCAAAUCCUCACAAAUCAAAUUCUUACUUCUGGUGUAGCUUACUCUGCUGCUGCUGCUGCUGCUACUGGUGCCGCUACCACUUCAAAGAGUGCUACUGCCACUACCACCAAGUCCACAGCUUCAUCCACAUCAACUAGCGACCCUACCUCUGGGACAAACUUGGUUGGCUCCAUUAUGACCAUCGUUUGGGACAUCAUUAAGGGAGUUGUGAAUGGUACUGCCGAUCUGAGUACCCCUAGUACCAUUGGUAAGAUAAUCUUGGGUGCAUUACGUUUUGUUAUCAACCUUUUAAGUGGUGGUGGUAGUAAGUCAUCGGGCUCUUCUACCAUGUCAGCAAGCACGACAGCUUAUGCCACAGCCACCUCUACUUCCAGUGCUACUUCUGCUACUUCUUCUUCUACAGGAAACCUGACUUUGUCUUCAUUGUUUUCAAGUCUUUACAAGAGAGAUUACACCUUUGGCGAAGGAUACGGUAUUCUCGGUGAUGUCAUUGAAGAUUUGUAUAUUAGAGAAGUCGAAAACGGUGUUGACUUGACCAAGAAAUCUUUGGAAGGAUUCCCAAAGAACAGACAAGAUUUGGAAGUGUUCAAGAGAGAAAUGGCUGAUUACUUCUAUGAGAAUUUGCUUAGUGAAUUUGCUAAAAGGAUUGGCUUUUAA